CGUUAAAGUACCGUUUGUCAACUUUCAAUGUCGACAGCCGUCCGUGACUGUUUUAUAAGAGGGGUAGUGAUGAUGGUGGUGGUGAUAGUAAUGAUGAUGGUAGUAAUGAUGACAGUGGGGAAGAAAGGAUAGACGGGCCAAGAUAUUAACUAUGUAUGCUGUUGUAUGGAUCUUGAUCAUAACUACGCCAAGUUACAAGGCAACGAGUUUGGAGAAUCCAAGUAUCGAUGGUAAUAACGAAGAAGCGUCAUUGGAGGAAACUACUGAGGAUUAUUGGGCAGGAAGCGGAUCUGGACCGGAGGACGAGCAUUCAUUGCAAAAUGAAACAAGAGAAGCUUUGACACACGAAGCAAGUGAUCACGAUGCGGUUGUAUAUGUCGGCGAAGGAGGAGCAUACGUUCCGGUACCAUCUUUAAAAAAUCGUCCAUUAAGCCCGAACCUUCAAGCUUUACAAACUCUUCAAGGUCUUCAAGGAUUAACAGGUGGGGGUGGAACAGGAGUUGUAGCCGACGAAGAAUGGCGAAGACAUCCAGAAACCUGGGAUAGGGAACAUCGAAGGUAUAGACCGAACACAACCAGAGUACAACAUAUCGAAGCGGAGUGCCAAGACGAUUACAUGAAAAUCAGGAUUGGUUUUAAUGGAUCCUUCACUGGAUUACUUUACUCGGCAGGAUAUUCUUACGAUCCGGACUGCAUGUACGUUAAUGGGACUGGCCGUGAUUACUAUGAAUUCUAUAUCCAAUUGAAUCGAUGCGGUACCUUGGGCGAGAACACUCAUCACCAGGACAGCAGAAAAAAUCCUACGAAAAAUCUCAUGUGGAAUACCGUCACCGUUCAAUAUAAUCCAUUGAUCGAGGAGGAAUUUGACGAACAUUUUAAAGUCACCUGCGAGUACGGCUACGAUUUUUGGAAGACCGUGACAUUUCCAUUUUUGGACGUAGAGGUCGCCACGGGAAAUCCCGUAGUCUUCACCCUCCAGCCACCGGAGUGCUACAUGGAAAUCAGAUACGGUUACGGGACCACUGGAACUAGAGUGGCUGGACCAGUUCGCGUUGGCGAUCCUCUGACUCUCAUUAUCUACAUGCGCAGCAAAUACGAUGGUUUUGACAUAGUUGUGAACGAUUGUUACGCUCACAAUGGUGGAAACAAGAGGAUUCAACUUAUCGAUCAGUAUGGAUGUCCCGUCGACGAUAAACUAAUUAGCAGAUUUCGAGGAUCCUGGUCGGAGAGUGGAUUAUUCGAGACUCAAGUAUUCGCAUAUAUGAAGACAUUUAGGUUUACAGGCUCGCCUGCAUUGUAUAUCGAGUGCGACGUUCGUAUGUGCCACGGUCGAUGUCCGAGUCAACCAUGCCAUUGGAGGAAUGCAAAAAAUGUUGCGAAAAGAUCUGUAUCAGACAUGAUUGGUGGACCAACGACACCAGCUACGAGUUUGUCGGAAAAUGUAAAUCUUUUUCAAUCCCUACGAGUACUUCAAGAAGGAGAAGUGGACACGGAAUUAUUCCAAAACUCUACUACAGCUUCUCGCAAUGGUUCAAACGAUCCCUCGAACGACAGAGUUUGUUUAAGAUCGAGCGUGAUGAGCACGAUCGUAGGAUUAGGCUGCGGUAUAAUUUGUUUAUUGUCGGGCACAUUAUUAGCAAUGUGUUCGCGAAUGCGACGACAAGCGCGAGAGAAAUUGCUCUCGGAUAGCAUAAGUUAUAUGACGCACAAGGGUAGAAUUAAUUAAGUGGUCCUGGGUGAAAAUAUAUUUGGGGAUUAAUUUCGUUCUUCCUUCCCGCGGUUCUUGCAAUGUUUUUUUUUUACCGACGGAGAUCGGUCAAGAAGGGUUGGGUAGGGGGGAAAGAAGCAAAAAAGUGAAUGAAAAAAGAAAGAAAGAGAACGAAACGAGAAUUCGUCGGUAAAACAGAAAUCUGCAUUACCGUUACUCGAUGUCGCGAGACAUCGACGUUAUCGGGAGGGACGAACGAUAAAAGAGAAUCGAAUGGAUUUUUAUCUAAAUGCCAACGAGUAUGCAACAAGUUAACACGCUACUUCGACGAAAGACUUUAGUAUUUUAGUGUGCCUAAUGAUACAACAAGUAACGCCUUAACAACUAUAAUUUACUAUUUAGUUUAAUUCAUUAUAUAAUGAUUCAUUAAUACUCAAGACGAGGAGCGUAAUAUUUAAGAACGACGACCUCGGUACUAUUAUUUUAUUUUUGCCUUAACUCGAUUUUUUCCGUUUUCAUUGAAGAAAACGUUUCCGCCGAUAAAGUAGAGUUCUACCGGUAAUGUAGUAAUCAUUGCGAGUUGUGAAAUCAUUGUUACUCGUAAUUUUGAACGAGUACUUUUUGAUUUCGUUACUUCGCAAAAAUACUUUUUCUAUGCUCUUUGAUAUCUUCUUUUUUUUUCGUUUGUUUGUUUUUUUUUCUUUUUUUUUUAUAUAUAUCUGCGCUCUUUGCAACGACGUAGACCGAUCUUUCUCUCUUUUAUUCUUUUUCAUUAUGAUCAUAAGAAUUUUAACGGGAAUCCGAUCGCUUUAUCGUGCGUCGGUAAUAGAGAUAAUAAAGUUUUCAAGAACUUUGCCAGAAUCCUCGGAGGUUAGUUUAUAAAAAUGAAAAUCUCUUUGUUACAUUAAGAGGGAAAUGAAAAUGAGCGAAUUAUACUAUGAAGGUAUUUUAUUAAUCAUUUACGGUGACAUCAUAAUUAUAUGCUCAAACGCUAUUAAUCGGCAUAUUCAGGAACAUUAUUAUUCUUUUAGAAUAGAAUCCGAGGAUAACUUACCGUCAGUCGGUAAUUAUUUCAAGAACGUAAGUCUUCACGAGAGCCAUCCCUUUAAUUAAGGGCCACACAACGUUUCUGAAUGUUCGCGAAUAAUAUUAAUUUACAAAUUAAGCUUUCAUUCAUUAUUAUAUGAUAUGAUAAUUAAUUGAUUAAUUAAUUACACGUAGGAUUAUAUAAUGGCUAAAGUAAAUAUGUUAAAGCUCGAACCCUGAUCUCUCAUAAAAUAUGACAAGAGAGAAAUAAAAAAACGUGAAAGACACAAACAAAAAUUAUAUAAAAG